CGAGCCACGACAACCAGCACGCGCGCACGCCGCCUCCACGCUAGCCGCCGGCGAUGUCUUCUCUGGGACAGAGCAGCUCGCUCCAGCGCCUCCACAACGUUGAGAAGCGGAUAGUGCGGGUGCUGGAGCUGGCGGGGUCGGUCAUGGAGGAGCUGGGGAACGCGCAGGGCCCCCGCGCCGACGCCGUCGCCGCCCACUGCCGCGAGUUCAUGCUCUCUAUGAAGGAAAUUCAGACAACAAUGCGCGAGGAAAUAAAAAGUGCCUGUGAAUAUCGUCCAUUUGAGAAGUGCGACUACAGUGCAAGGAUUGCUAACGAGAUCUGUUGCAAAAAGCUGGAGUAUGUAAUUGAGAAGAUGGAUGCCAUGCAACUGAACAUUGCGCACAGCGCUAACGAAGUUUAGCGUAGCUUAACUGGUUAUCUAGCACCUGCAGGUGAGGUGGGUGGCUUCAAAGAUCUGAUAGGAGCGGUUUAUAUCAGGAUUGCUCAACUGUUGAUGAAGUUUUUACUAUUUUGCGAGCAAAUGUGUUCAACUCUUCAAGUGUAAUCGUGGACACUGUAUUACGCUAGCAUUGCAUGUAACCAGUUCAGUCAUGUAGAAAGGCUUUGUAGUGUGGCCGCACAACUCUGCGAUGGACAUGUCUUGUGCAGCAGUGUAUAGAUUGCUACAUCUUCAGAA